CUCCUUGUUUGUUCUGCCCACUAUGACUCAUUGUUUCCAUUGAAAACAACAAGCUGUGAUCUAUCGUGGUUUAUCCUUGGUACACCUUUAAUCGGAUCUCUAUGGUGACGACACAGAAUACGUCAUGCAAAUUCUCGUCUCUUGCUUUUGGCGUCACUAGAGCGACACAUGUGGCUGUCUUUUUUCUACCUACCGCAGCAGAACUCGAGCUGGUGAAGUUGUCGAUUUCAUUCGUAUUUUGUGAAAACACUCACAAAAACCAUGGAAGUAGCCACCGUACCGCGCACGAGGCGUCUGUUGAAGGAGGAAGACAUGACCAAGAUCGAGUUUGAGACCAGCGAGGAGGUCGAUGUUACUCCUACUUUCGACACGAUGGGCCUACGAGAGGAUCUCCUCCGUGGGAUAUACGCAUACGGAUUCGAGAAGCCUUCCGCAAUCCAACAAAGAGCAAUUAAACAGAUCAUCAAGGGUAGAGAUGUCAUUGCACAGUCUCAGUCAGGAACAGGAAAGACUGCCACGUUUUGCGUAUCAGUGCUGCAGUGUCUUGACAUUCAGGUGCGUGAAACCCAAGCACUGAUCCUGGCUCCCACCAGAGAGUUAGCUGGACAGAUACAGAAGGUGCUCCUGGCCCUAGGUGACUACAUGAACGUCCAGUGUCAUUCCUGCAUCGGAGGGACAAACGUGGGUGAGGACAUCCGCAAACUGGACUAUGGCCAGCACGUGGUAGCAGGGACCCCUGGGAGAGUGUUUGAUAUGAUCCGCAGGAGGAGUUUGAGGACGCGUGCCAUCAAGAUGCUGGUGCUGGACGAAGCAGACGAAAUGCUCAACAAGGGUUUCAAAGAGCAGAUCUACGACGUGUACCGGUACCUGCCCCCCGCCACCCAGGUCUGUCUGAUCAGUGCCACGCUGCCCCAUGAGAUCCUGGAGAUGACCAACAAGUUCAUGACCGACCCCAUCCGCAUCCUGGUCAAACGUGAUGAGUUGACUCUAGAGGGCAUCAAGCAGUUCUUCGUGGCAGUAGAGAGGGAGGAGUGGAAGUUUGACACCCUGUGUGACCUGUAUGACACCCUCACCAUCACACAGGCUGUCAUCUUUUGCAACACCAAGCGGAAGGUUGACUGGCUGACUGAGAAGAUGAGGGAGGCCAACUUCACUGUUUCCUCCAUGCACGGAGACAUGCCCCAGAAGGAGAGGGAGUCCAUCAUGAAAGAGUUCCGGUCCGGCGCCAGCCGAGUGCUUAUCUCCACUGAUGUGUGGGCCCGAGGUCUGGACGUGCCCCAGGUGUCCCUCAUCAUCAACUACGACCUGCCCAACAACAGAGAGCUGUACAUCCACAGGAUUGGCCGAUCGGGUCGUUACGGCCGCAAGGGUGUGGCCAUUAACUUUGUGAAGAAUGACGACAUCCGUAUUCUCCGUGACAUUGAGCAGUACUAUUCCACACAGAUCGAUGAAAUGCCAAUGAACGUGGCUGACCUGAUCUAAGGCACAGGUGACGGAAGUGGAGAGACCGCUUUGAUUACACUUUGGACCCCUUUUUAUUUACUGUUAGAAUUCUUGUCUCAUUUGUUUUGUUUUUAAUAGUCGCUUUGGAACAGCCUUCGAAUACUAUUGUAUUCUUAGGGAAAUGCCUACUGCAACCAUCAGUUGUUUUGUAAAUAAAGAACAUUUUGUUUCCCAUUUGAAUGCAGGUUCAUUUCUUUUCCCUGUUUUUAAAGGGGCAAUCCGGAAUUUUGAAAAAAACGACAAUGGGCACCCCAACCAUUUUGUUUUGAUAAACAUCAAAGGGAUUGGGCUGGAAAAAUUUAACAACUCUCAAAUUCAUAGAAAGGGCAAUGGUUGCAAGGACUGACCAUACAUCCUUGAGAUCAAAAGUGUAGUUUUAACCAUGUUAUGAGGCUAUAGUAUUUGUUUACAAUUACAUUCUGUGUGAUGUGGUAGAUGGAUUAACUAAGAUCUAUUACUUUACAAUCACGUCUUCUGUUAGACUUCUAUAGGGCUCCAGGUGCAACUCAGUCUUAUGGCAGGAUUCAAUCCAAUGUUUGUUAUAGUGAAUUGGACGGCCAACCAAGGUUUCAUGUAAAUGCAAUUUCCCAGGUGUUUGCAGUGAUUCCAUUCAUGGAUCCCUGCUAAUUUUGGCCCAUGCGUGAAUUACCUUUAAAAAAAGACGCUUUGUGUACUGUCUAGUGCGCUGCUCUAUAAAGUGUCUUGGAUUGAAA